GUUCAAGUAGUCAUUGUAGUAAACAUUGUCCUAGCUAUAACGAGAAGAAUAUUGAUAAUUGGAAGCAGGUGUGCCCUAAGUGUAAAUCUUGUCUACCUACGUUAACAGAAAUGUCAAAAGAUGAUGAUAAG